AUUUUGGACAUGUUGACUUGUUCACGAGUCGCUUGCAAAAAUGUUCUUUACGAAAUUAAUUGCUCCAAAAAACAUAAAUUAGUUUAUUAUUAAUUAAGUAGUUGUAAAUAAUAAGAAAAUGGAUAUGUCGGAAGUAAAAUCGUUCAACGCGGAGUUAUCCGGGUUGUACGACAACAAACCUCCAAUAUCUAAGGCGAAAAUGAGUGCUAUCACCAAAGGUGCUAUAAAAGCCAUCAAGUUCUACAAACACGUAGUACACAGUGUAGAGAAGUUUAUACAAAAAUGUAAACCAGAAUACAAAGUUCCUGGUCUCUAUGUGAUAGAUUCCAUAGUAAGACAGUCACGACAUCAAUUUGGACAGGACAAAGAUGUAUUCGCCCCACGAUUUGCUAAGAACAUGCAGCAAACAUUUGCCAACCUCUUCAGGUGUCCGCCUGAAGAAAAGCGCAACAUAAUACGAGUUUUGAACCUGUGGCAGAAAAAUAAUGUGUUUAGUCCUCAAGUGAUCCAACCUCUCCUCGACAUGGCUGACCCCAACCAUCCUCUUCAUCAGGAAAUACAGCAACAACAAAAUAGUGCAGCUAAUGGUAGCAGUUUGAAUGUGACUCAAAAUUCAGAUAGCAAAUUUGGAUCACCAAUGCAAGUUGCUCAACACACACCUCGCUCUGCUUCACCCAUGGGUGACCAGUUCCAAGAUCAGCCAUCGAGCCAGUCGCACCUGAAGUUUAACCGCAAGCUGCUGAACGACUUCGAGUACGAGAGUGAGGACGAACCCGCGCCUUCGCCCGCUCCCGCCCCCGUUUCUACUCAACACGCCCAUACUCACAACCCGGCCGAUGCACUCGGCAGCAUAUUGACUAAUCCGGAGAUAAUGAGACAGCUACAAAGCCUGCAAGCUCAAAUGCAAAUGAUGACUGGAAUGCAAAUCCCUAAUCUGAUGCCAAUGAUGACAGAUAUGCAGUUACAACAGAAUCAAAACUUACCUUUCCUGAAUUCACAAGAUCAACAAAAACAGAACGAACCAAAAGAUGACAUGGCAAAUGAAUCGGACAUUGAGUUUGUUGAAACGGGCCCUCAAGUCAUUGAAAUACCAGACGCCAACGAUUCAAGGUCCCCGUCGCCGAAGUCUCGUCGUCGUUCGCGGUCCAAAUCGCCGCGUCGCCGCCGCCGCUCCCGCUCCCGCUCUCGCUCCCGCUCCCGCUCGCCGCGUCGUCGCCGCAACCGCGACAGAGAUCGUGACAGGGACAGAGACAAGGACCGGGAUAGAGACAAACAAGUGUACAGCAAAGAGAGAGAAGCGGAGAAGGAGAAGAACAGAGAGCGAGAGAAGAAGGGCUUACCGCCGAUAAAAAAGGAAAACCUCAGCGUGUGCAGCACCACCUUAUGGGUUGGCCACUUAUCAAAGCUAGCUACCCAAGAGGAAUUAUCCGACUUAUUCGGGGGCGUAGGCGGUGUCGUAGCCAUCGACCUAGUGCCGCCCCGCGGCUGCGCCUUCGUCGUCAUGGAACGAAGAAGGGACGCCCUCAAAGCUCUAACCAAGCUCAACAAGCACAAACUGCACUCCAAGGAGAUCAUGGUGGCGUGGGCCCCCGGUAGAGGCGUCAAAGGUCGCGAAUGGAAGGACUACUGGGAAGCAGAGUUGGGGGUCUCCUACCUGCCCUGGUCCGCGUUACAAGCGCGCUGGGCCCUCAACGCGUUGUCGCUGGACGCUUUAGAAGACGGUGGUUGCGUCGACGAAGAUACUCUGCCGCCAUGGUUGCCGCCGAGGAUCCUGCCCAAGGCGAUGAUGGACAACAUGUCGAUGCUUGGAGUGGGCGUGGGCGUGGGGCCGGGCAUGAUGCCGCUGGGCGCGGGCGUGGGCGUGGGCGUGGGGCUGCCUCCCGCCUCUCACCUCGCACACGCCCUGCCCGUGCCCCGGAUGCCGCCUGGAAUGCCAACCGGACUACCACCUGGGCUACCUCCCGGACUACCAGCUGGAAUCAGGCCUCCCAGCUUACCUACAGGCGUACCAGGAUUACAAGGUGACACAGGAAUGCCUCCCGGUGCUCCGAUGCUUCGGUUUCCUCCUGGUAUGCCGCCGCAGUCGAUGCCGCAACCUGGCAUGGUGGGCGGGUUCCUGGGCGGGCUGCUGGGCGUGGGCGUGGGCGUGGGCGGGCUGGUGGGCGGGCUGCCCAUGCAGCUGCCGGCCGCUAUAUCCACGCCGCCGCCUAAUAUACAGCAACAACAACAGCACCAACAACAACAGCAACAAUUACAACAACAACAGCAACAACGAACAGAGCCGCCCAGUGACGAUGCAAUGGACCUCGACACUGAAGAUAUCCACGAGCCAUCUACCAACUCACCUUCACUGCCGGACCAGCUCCAAGCACUCCUAUCUAAACCGCCACCAACCUUCAACGCAUCGGAACCACCGCCCGGAUUCAACGCGUCAGAACCGCCGCCUUUCAACGCGUCCCAACCGCCGCCAGAUGAUAUCAACAACAAACACGAAGAGGACAGGAAGGAUCGCGACAGAGAUAGGAGGGACAGGGAUAGAGAUCGAGAUAGGGAUAGGAGAGAUGGCAGGGACAGGGAAAGGAGGGAUGGAAGGGAUAGGGACAACAGGGACAGGAGGGAUGGGAGAGAUGCAAGAGAUAGGGGAGAUAGAGCAGACAGGGGAGACAGAGGCAGAGGCGACAGGGGCGAUCGGGAUAGGGACCGGGAUCGCGACCGAGGCCGGGACAGGCGGGACCGGGAUCGCGACCGGGACAGAGAUCGGUUCUCAUCCAGGGACAAUAACAGGGAACCCAGCAGCAAAGAAAAAUCCCCUCACAGAAAUACAGAACAGCCUCAAGAAAAGUCUUUACAAGAACGUCUAUGGGAAAUGGCGAACGGUAAACCGGCAUCGAGGCAAGAAGAGAAGCCAAGAGAAGAUUAUGGGGACAAAGAGGAUACGAGAGGAGAAGAGAUGAGAACGGAACGACCCCAUCUACUGGACAGGCCACCGCCAGGGCUUGAUGGAGAAGGCGAUAAUUCUGGGGCUAACGCGGGGUCGAACGGGGCUCCGGCGGGGGCUCCGGGGGGGUGGACCCAGCUGCCGCCCAGGAUGCCGCCGCCGCACAUGCCGCCCUUUAGGGCCGAGUUGAGAAUGAGAGGGCCACCUAGACCUGGGAUGGCAGGGCCUUGGAUGGACGGACCACCUCGCUUCAACGGCAUGGGGCCGCCUUUUAAUAGGCCUCCUUUCGAAAGGCCACCGUUUGAAGGGCCACCAAUGUUUGACGGCCCACCGCGGUUUGACAGACCACCGUUUAAUAGAAUGCCGUUUGACUCGAUGAAUCGCCCACCAUUCGAUGGACCGAGGCCUCCGUUUGACGGCCCAAGGCCGGCUUUCGACGGACCUAGAGCGGCAUUUGAUGGACCAAGGCCGGCGUUCGACGGACCGAGACCAGCGUUCGAUGGACCCAGGCCAUCGUUUGAUGGGCCUAGACCUCCCUUUGACGGGCCGAGGCCGCCAUUCGAUGGACCGAGGCCACCUUUUGAUAGACCUAGACAGUUCGAUGGAGAAAGACCUUUCGACGGACCUCCGAGAUUCGACGGACCGCCUGAAUUCUUCGACAGAAAUAACAGAAGGUUCGAAGACCGAGAGCAAUUCAACGAUAGGGGAUGGAACGGUGAUCGAGACCGAGAUAACAGAGAUUGGGACAGGAGAAACGAAUGGGACGACCGCAGGAGGGACAGGAGAAGCAGGGACAACCACGACGACAGUCGAUUUAGGGAUCGGAACGACAGAAGGAGGAAUUUCGAUGACAGAUCCAGACCCCAGAGAGAUUCGAGAGAAGGAUCUAGGGACCCGCCCAAAGAUGCCACGAAAGAAACUCAUAAGGACGCUCCGAAAGAUCACUCUAAAGAAACGCAGAGGGAAGAGCGCAACUCGAGGAGAGAUAAAGACAGAAAAUCCAGAUGGGGCGCUGCAGAGGAGAUCGUCAGCCAAGAUCAGGAUAACAUUGAGGAUCCGAUCAGUAACAAUGAAACAGUUGUUGAAGAUGACAGAGCUCCUAGUCAAGAACAACACGAAACACAGACUAGUGUAGAAAUUGAAAUCAAUAAAGCCAUAGAACAAGAAAUCAAUCGAGAAGUCGAUACACAAUCACUUGUGGACAAUGAUCGCAACGCAGAACAAACAAUUUCAGAUGACAGAAGCUAUGAAACGAGAGAAGAUAUUGUUCAAAACAAUACAGAAAGUCCUACAAAAGAGGAAAAUUUUGCUAUGACAGAUGAUAGCGCUCACGAUAAUGUUGAACAAAAACCACCGGAGCCCGUUGAAAGUGAGCCUUCAUGUAACAAUGAUGCCAUUAAAGAAAUCGCUACUGAUUUAUACGACGCCAAUGAAGCGGUAGACACGAGUUUUUCGAUGCCACCGCCCGCAAUGGAGGAAAAUGUGCCUGUACAACAGCCUGAAGACAACAAAGAGAAAAUUAGUAGUGAAAAUACUGAGAAUAGUGAAAAGGUCGAUAUGUUCGGUGAGGCCAAAGGGGCAACAGAGAUCGAAUCGACGACUACCAGCGAGGUGAAAGAAGCGGCCGCUUGACAUCGGCGAAGAUGGAAAAUGGACUAUUUCCAGUGGAAAUGAUUCGGGUGACGCGACGGGGCCCGAAGAGGACGAGUCUCGGCUACACGCGCGCCAAAUUGAACCUUAACCGUUCACGAAUAAAGCACACGCGAGCGGGCGUCUAACCGAGACUCGGGACGGAACAAAGUGCAAACAGCCAAUUCGAUUCCUAACCCACCAUAAGCUUAUUUUGUUACAACCAUUUAGAUUUUUGCUUAAAAGUACUUAUCCCGCGAAACAAACUUGUUGAUUGAUGUCUGAACAAUUAUAUCUGACGUGACAGAUUUUGCCGCUUUCCUGUGACAUAAUUUUGACAUUAAAUUAUUUUUUAGUUUUGCCCAUGGACUAAGAAUUUUCUUAUUAGUUUACUAACGUUUUUUUUAAUUAUGUCAAGUAAUCGAAAGAGUUUCUGUUACAAUAACGAUUUUAGUGAUUUCGAAAUUUGAAGUACUAUUUCAAUUUUAUUUAUAACAUGAUCUAUUGCACUGAAAGUAAAGUUUAAAUUUCAAAUAACUUUGAUCCAAACUAACACAGUUUCCUCGUUCUUAGAAGGUCCUAAGUGCAAUUUACGAAUUCUCUACAAAAGAAAACUUAUCUGUUUUGACAUUUUUAAGCGAAUCAUCAGGCAAUUGGGUCAGGAAUCAAUUGGUACGAUCGUACGUAACGCCAAAGAUUUAACGUUUUAUACAAAGUUGAAAUAUACGAGUGCCUUAUUGGUUACCGAAAUGGUGUUUUGUUUGUCUCCGGGCGCGGGCAGAAGAGGAACCAGCCUGGGCGCUCAAGUGGAGUGACCCGGGCCAGGUACGGUCGCUAACUGAUACACAUUCUACGCGCGUCUAGAACAAUUAUUGCACAUCACUCAAAUAUAAUAGUCACUUCACAAUCAAAUUCACUUGCAACAUUAUUCCACUUAAUAAUAAACGUAGAAUAAAGCUGCCUGUCCAAUGGAGUGGAGAAACGGAGAAAUAUUAACCAAUAAGAUUGCACAAAAUCUGUGUACUCUAAUAGGAGCGGGAAUUUGGUGCAUUCAGAUUGGUUAAUAUUUAUCCGUUUCUCCGCUCAGUGGACGACAGCCUUGCUUAGCUUGGAUCAGUUGCCUCAUGUUUUGUCUCUGUUCAUUGAAUUACACAUGGUAUUUGAAUGAUAUGAACAAAAAACGGCGUAACAAAACCUAAGUCUUUUCCACGUUUAUUAAUAAUGGUUUUAAUGAAUUUCAAUUUAUCGCAUUGCUAUUUUUAAAAAAAAGUUGCAACUUUAAAACGGCACAGUUGUACUCGGCGAGCGUGUUUUUAUUGUUAUUUGAUAAUGUUGAAAUGGAGAUACCAAUAUAAUAGUUAAAAGUUUAUCAAAUGACUGAAUUGUAAUUGUUUAGUUCAUUUAUUUAUUUCCUUUAAAAAGUUACGUGAGCAAAUUGUUUCCAUUUUGACAUAUUUAAUAUCGCUAGCAAUGUGUGCAAAGCAACUCUUCGGCCGCCCGUGUCACCCGAAUCAGCCCUGGAAAUAUCUACGAACCACCGGACGAUCAGAAGAUUGGAGACUCAUCUACUUUCUCGGACACGAGUUACUAUUAUUAUCAUUACGCCAGUAAAGGGCGGAUUUGUUUUUUUAAUCGUCUUUCUUUCGAAAUCGAUGAUAAUUAUAUAUUCUGUAUAGCCUUAGUUUGUGUAAUGUUCACAAGUUUUCAGCGAAAUUAGAAACGGGCUACGCCCAUUUUGUUUUCGUUAAAGUAUCUAAUUAUUAAAAAAUAAUUCAUGAAAUCUUGAUAAAUCUAGUUUCGCUUUUAAAUGUCUUUAUAAUAUGCGGUGAGGGUAGGAGAGCAUUUCGAAAUGAAACAGCACUAUUAUUAUAAUAUAUUUGAUAGUUACUAACACACGUUUUCGUAUAUUUAUAUAGGGGGCAUAUUGUAGCGUCGUCACAUCGGUAGAGUAGGUUGGCAAUAUAAAAAUAUUUUACAUAGCUAAGAGGCGUGCACAGCGUACCUACUAUGUUUUAUUUUCGAACAUUGUUUAUAUGUAACAUAUUUUUAUAGAGAUUAAACGUUAUGGGCUUCUUGAAAAAAGGUAGUUUCUCGGAUAUUUAGAUUUAUGAGACAUUACAUGUUCGCCCGUAGAUAAGAAGUUUAUAAAUUAAAAAUUGCAUGCUUAAAUGUUUGUCAUAUUGUGCUUGAAUAAAAUUUUAAAAUUUCACCUCAAUUUUUAUUGUAGUCUGAAUAUGUGGAACAGGGGUAUCACUGCAGCGGGUGUCGGGUGCCCUUUGCACACAUUGUCUAGUAUUUCUUGUGUUUUCUUUGAAUUACAGCUGCGUUCGCGAACAGUUGCCAGUGCGUCACUCAACACCUGCCGAACUCAAGAUGAAUUCUAGAUUUUCAUCCUUUAAUUUGGGUGAUGACGGGGUACAGUAAACGAA